AUGAAUGCUGACUUUAAGAAUGCCUUCGAAGCUCUUCAUAGUAAGGUGAAACUAGUGAACGACUUCUCAUCUGGAAAGAAACUGAAGUCUGAAGGUUUCGACAAAGAGUUAAGAGAAGUAGCACAAAAUAUGACGAAAAUAACAGAUGCAGCAACGAGACAGGCAGUUCAAAGUGCCUAUGACGCCGUUAGAGCAACUGUUGUGGAAAGUCAAGAAAAAGAGUUACAACAGACCAAAACAGACCUAGUAAAUGCUUUCUUAAGAACGAAAAGUCAGGUAGGACAUUAUGCUGCAGAUGGAACAUAUGUGCCAGCUGGUGGAACUUAUAUACUAGCUAGUGGAACUUAUAUACCACCAAACCCUCCAAGAGAAGCACCUGCACCAGGACUACCUAAAACAUUUACAUCGUCACAUGGACACAGACACAGGCAUGCACCAAAACCAACACAACAACCAACAGUUCAAAAUCCAGCACCACAACAACAACCAACAGUUCAAAAUCCAGCACCCCAACAACAACCAACAGUUCAAAAUCCAGCACCACAACAACCACAAACAGAGCAAGGACAUAAAAGAAGUAGAGAACAAGGAAACCAAGAAUUCUUAAAAAUGCUUAAGGAAGAUUAUGGUUACCCAGAUACUCUUGACUUUAGUGACAGAUAUAAAGAAGCUAUUAAAAAGUUCAAGGAAGGAAAUACUGACCCGAACCUAUUUAGCUUUAUGGUUCAGCACCAAAUGGGAUAUAAUUUCAAACCUGGAAAAUACAAGCUCGCUAAGGGAUAUGAUUUAAUAGCAUAUCAUCCAAAUGACAUGGAUGAAUUUACUCCGAGAUAUUUGAUGUCAGAGCUAAAUGAUAAUUCAACUCUCUUCAUGAAACGCGUAAAAAAUAGAGACGGAACGAAAGAAGAAAGGUUUAUGAGUCCGGAUGACUUAGAUAGGGAACUUUUUAAAAACGGUCUCGGAAUAUAUGAAAUGCCACCAGAUGAGGUACAAGAAACUCAACAGGAAGAAGUUCAGAUACAACCAGACAUGGAAGAAAUAGUUCAGCAACAACAGCUAGAAGAGCCUGAAGGAAACGAACAAGUCCCUCCUUUGGAAACUAACUUCACAGAACUAGAUGAAGAUUUGGAACAGCCGAAAAAUCUUGACCCUCAACAAGAUUAUGAGGAGAAUAUGGAAUCUUUCCAAGCGUCUAAGAAAAAUUCGGCUGACAGAGUAGAAGAAUAUCGAAAAAUGUUCACCGACAUACAAAAGACUCCAACAUCAGAUGAAAAUAUUCAGCAUAGAAUGGAAGUACUGAAAGAAAAUGUACGCAAAUACAAUAAUCCUUUUUACUUACGACCAUAUAACGUUCAAUCUUUGGCUGAACUCGGUGAAAAUAAAAGGUUAAAUUUCAACAAAACAUAUAGAAAUGAAACAUUGUUUAAAGUUCAUUCAGAACCUAACCAAUAUGGAAACAAACCUACUUUUGUUUCUGCAGACUAUGGAACUACAAUGAGAUGGG